AUGACGUUCAUUCGUUUCGUCACUCUUUUGUUCACUUUCGUUUCACUGUGCUUCGCUCAGCGGUCACUUUCACUAAGGCCCUCGAUCUCUGGUUUCUCGAACCAUACUCUCUCUAGAGCGCAUACGUCGCAUCAUUCCACAACUAAUCUGGUAGUUUCUGUAACGACACCCAUAUCAGCAUCUGGUACUUCUUCCGCCCCUGCUUCAACCGUCACUGUAAGCAAUGGCGAAACAAUCAUCGUUCCUGUUGGCGUUUUGGUUGUUGCUGGGCCUGGAGGCGGAUCCUUUAUUACCAACGGUUUGACCACUCCAUUAGCAGCUGGCACAUCGGCCGUGUCCGGGUCUGGCGAAAGCAGUUCCAACGACGAUCCUCCAGACCCUGAAAAGUCAACGGAUCCCGAUGAUGGAGAUACUCUACCAACGUCACAAGCCAGUGCCACAACAUCGAGUAUAGAGGCGACAUCGGCUACGUUGUCUGCAACUCCCACCAGCACAGGGCCUCCAAAGUACAACAUCUGGGCCAAGGAGGGUACUUCGAAACAAGAUGCCGAUGGUUUCUACAACACCCUUGUGGGCGUAGUCGGGAAUAAGGAUAGUAUUGAGUCUAUCUUGGAUGAGAAGAAUAUACCCUAUCUCUGGCGUACUCCUCUUACUACGGCUCAGCUUGACAAAGUCAGGGCAGACCGCGUUGUGGACAAAGCUGCACCCGAUGAGCAGGUUGAUAUUACGGAUCCGGAUGCCGGCGCCGCCAAACAAAGAAGAGCAGACGUAAAACAGGACCAAGAGUCAGGCAAUCCAAUAAUCGACCUACGUAUGCUUUCGACGCCGCCGCAAGGCACUCUUUCGGACUUCUAUGCGUAUGAUGAUACCGCUGGGAAAGGAAUCACUAUCUACGCACUUGACACCGGGCCAUUUGGCUUCGAGCAUUCAGAGCUGAAGGCCCCCGAUCCAACCGUUACGCGUGAAAACAUCAAUGUGAUGAACCACCCGUACGCUUUUACUCCCGAUUCGAAUCACGGAACUUGUGUCAUUUCCAAAAUUGUUGGCAAAACGGUGGGUGUGGCCAAACGAGCCAACCUUAUCACGGUGCGCAUGGAUACCACGCCAGGCGAAUUUGAUCUCGUAAAGGCUUGGCAGACUAUUCGAAAUGAUAUUGAGAAGAAGGGACUUCAUGGAAAGGCUGUCGUUACUACAUCGAUCGUGACUUACCCAACAAAGAAGCCCGAGUACAACAAGCAGCUGGCAACAGAUCUACUCAAGGUUUUGAGGUCAAUCCUCGCUGCGGAUGUCCCUAUCGUCUGCUCAGCAGGUAACGAUGCUGACAAGAAGGGAGGCUCUGUCACACCUAAUACCCUUCCAUCUGUUCUUGCCAAAUACCUGCCGUCUAUCAUCGUGGUAGGCGCUGCUACACUUGAUGGGAGGAUGACUAGUUUCAGUCAGCGGGGAGAUCUACUAUCCACUUGGGCGGUCGGUGAAGAUAUUCAGUGCGCCGACUAUGAAUCUUUGACAGGGCUUUACACUGACAGCGGAACCUCAUAUGCCGCCCCCCAAAUAGCUGGGCUUGCAGCGUACCUCAUGUCCAAUCCGGAAUUUUCUGAUGAGUUCAAGAAGGGCAGUGUCGCCAAGAACAUGCAGGAGUUGAUAAAGACCUACUCGCACCCGCGUGGAACAACUUUUAUGCACCCAGAUAUUGCAUGGAAUGGAUACUACCCGGACUGCAGUACACUUAGACGACUAAAACGAUCUUCUUGGUCCGCGGCUCAGAGGCGUCAAGCUGCGGCAGCUUGCUCGCGACAGAUAUUAUCCAUGUCAACUCAACCGGCCAGUCCCACAACACAAGCAAGCGUCCACCCCAACAACGGCGGCGUCACAACAACUACCAGAACCUCAAUCGCAAGCACAGCCACGGCAGCUGUACAAUGCAAUCUUUGCGGACAACAAAAUGAGAGCACGCUCGAACAACAAGUCGGUUGCUCUGGCGUUGACUACGUGCGAGCGCUCUGCGAAGAUGAUCCCAAUUGCAAAUGUGAGUUGGCAGAUUUCUUAUCAAAGCUACAAAACUUGAGAUUUACUGAACAAUCGUUAGCCUGGUCUUUCGGAAAAGAAGACCGAGGUUCAGGUUCUGUAUCAGUUUGCAACCUGUACGAUCUCACAGCGGCUAAAGCUGUUGCCGGGGCACCUGAGGACGUAAUCAAUCAGUGUCCUUUCAAGUACUCCGAUAAGGGCUGUUGA